AUGGAAACCCUCGGCGACGAGAUCUGGGAUGUUGUCAUAGCUGGAACCAGCAUUCCACAGUCACUCCUCGCAUUGUCCCUCUCACGCUCAGGCAAGAAAAUCCUGCAUGUCGACCGUCACGACUACUAUGGGGGCGAUGAUGCUGGUCUGAGUCUCCAAGAUGUGGAAAGGUGGGUGCAAGAGUUGGACAACGGGCGUAAUAGUCUCUUCAAAUGUGCAACAGUCUCGACACCAGCACCGCAGUCAGACCAUGGAAAACUUGCUUCGUCCCGUUCUUACACGCUCAGCCUCAAUCCCCAAAUCGUCUACGCACAAUCUGCCAUCCUACCAGCCCUUGUCUCAUCCAGAAUUCAUACCCAACUAGAAUUUUUGGCUGUUGGCUCUUGGUGGAUUCACCGUGCUGGAACAUUGCACAAAAUUCCCAGCACUCGCGAAGAUGUCUUCAAUGACGAGUCUUUGCCAAUGAAGGACAAGCGUGGUCUAAUGAAAUUCCUCCGAUACAUUCUCCAGGAGGAAGAAGACCAGACUGCAGACACCUCGGUUGAUUCACAUUUCACGUUGCAAACUGCUCUUGCAGCCAAAUUCAAACUCUCCGAAUCCCUGCAAGCACCACUGCAAGCCCUGGCACUCUCACCCUUACCCGCAAGCCUGACCCGUUUUGAUACCGCCCUAAUCAGGAUAAGGCGACACAUGAGGUCUAUGGGGUACUUCGGCCCCGGAUUCGGUGCCGUCAUUGCCAAAUAUGGAGGCAAUUCCGAAAUUUCACAGGUCGCUUGCAGAGCUGGAGCUGUAGGUGGAUCGGUUUACCUGCUCGGACAUGAACUGCGGAGCCUGACCACCGCCAAGGGUAUCACAGCAGCAAACACGAAUGAAAAUGCUGACCAAACGCCGUUAAUUGAAUGUGUCUUAUCGGGUGGAACUCAAAUUAGAGCCAAGAUCGUGGUUGGCAGCGCGGAUGAUCUCCCUCAAGCCGAGGACAAAGUCUCUGCCGGUGACUGCGCAAGCACGUGGCGAUCAAUCAACAUCGUUGCGGAUCCUCUUCGCCAGCUCUUCCCACAAACUGCCGAAAACGGCCCUACGCCUGCUGUUGCGAUUGUCCUUGUGGAAGCAGGCGGUCCUACUGGUCAAAGAGCACCUAUUUAUCUACAGAUUCAUUCUGAAGACACAGGAGAAUGUCCUAGUGGUCAAUGUAUUAUAUACGCAUCAGUUGCGGAUCCUGACUCUUCGGCAAGGCAAAGCCUACAGACCUCCGUGUCAGAAUUUGUGGCAACAUGUGGUGCGAGCGAUUCAAUCAUUUGGAGUUUAUCAUAUGCCGUCUCAGACUCGCAACAGGAUCAUGGUUACAGCGAGCUCUCUCCCCGGGUCUUCAGCUUUGCGCCCAGGCCUUGUGAUACCUUAUUGGACGAUCCCGUCCUUGUUUCCGUGAAAGGUGUAUGGAAAUCUAUUCAGGGAGCAGAUGCGCAAGAUGAUUUGUUCCUGCGAUUUGAGGAACGUGAGUCUGAAGCUGAUAACGAUUAG